AUGGAACACGUAAUGAGCACUGAAACAAGUCCAAGACCAUACAUGGAUCGAUUAACUCAUGCGAUUCUCAAAGAAGCAUCGAAGAGUUUGAAAUAUUACAUAGAUGUGAAAAGUCGUGAAGAUGCGUUUGUUCUCGAUGCGAAUACGCCUGUUUGGGAUUUGUUACCGAAAAAAUCAAAAUUCGUGUUCGGAGCGAAUAACAAACAACAUGCAGACAAACAUAGUUUUCAAUACAAGCCGAAACAGCUGGAGGCAACGUUACCUAGUCCUGAGAAACAAAUGUAUCGUGAAGAACUUCAAUUUCAUAUGCGUUCAUAUAGUUUUCUAGGAAAAGAGAACCCUAAACUGUGCGAUGUUCCAUUACGAUCAAAACAUCGAUCCAGUUCGUUAAAUGUACCUAAGCGUCAAAUUCGGUCACGAUCGACGCUGAAGCUUUCCCGAGAUGAACGAGAUCAUCUGAUUGAUAAUACAGCAGAUAUUUUCGCAUCGAUGGUCAACUCACGACGUUCCUUAAUCUCUCAUUUUAGCCAGCGAUCGGAUAUUGUUGAUACGAAAACUUUACCAAAACAAAGCAAAAAUUCGUCGAACAAAACAACAUCAUUUAUACACAACUGUCCAGUGAUAAACAAAGGUCUUCAAUGUGAUUACAAAGUAACGAUUACAACGGGCAAUUGUAAUGGCGCGUCGACAAAUGCACCAAUACGAAUCAAAUUGUAUGGAACAAAUGGACACACAGCUUUCCACGAACUUGUCCAUUCCGAAACACAUCAUGUGCCAUUUCUUAAAAACCAAACUGAUAUGUUUAUAGUUCAUACGUAUCACGUGGGUAUGUUAAUGGGAAUUACAAUUGGACAUAAUCGGAAGGAUAUGAAAGCCAGUUGGUAUCUGGAUAAAGUAUCAAUCGAUGAUCCUGUUCGUCGAGUGACGUGUGAAAUUUCAUGUAAUGGUUGGCUAUCGAUCAAAUCGAAUGAUCAGAAGACGAUGCGUGAUUUUCCAGUGAUCUCAACGAUAUCCUAUGAAAAGAAGAAAACUUUAGUUGAAGGUGAUAAUGAAAUCGACAGUCAGUCGGGUUUUUCAACAAUAACUACCACUGUUACAACAGCAUCGAAUAAAUCUCAUUCCAGUAAAGUAUCAAAUGGACCAAGAGGUAUCGCCGAAAAGCCCUCAGAACUCGUAGAAAUCAUACAAUUUCUAGUUGAACCUACUGCACAACCACGUUCGCCAGUGCUUUCUGCAACAUCAUCCGACGACACAGCGAUCAAUGUGGAUAUAGCACAUCAACUUCGCUCACAAACUUCAACUCCAUCGCCAACUCUGACACAAACACGAUUAAAAUCCGUUUCUGAACAUGAUAUUCUAGAAAUCAAACCAACAAAUGACAUAUUUCACCAAUAUUCGACUAAUUUCGAUCGACCAUCAGCUCGACUGGAACGACGAACUACACCACUAACCUUCUCGCCAGAACAAAACGACUAG